GGCGCGCGCAGUUGCAUUGUAUCGGGGGAGCUCGAGCGGUGGAAACAUUGUAUCCGUGCGGCUCGCGCUGAGGCUGGAACUGCGGGAACAUGGUGAAGAUCACCUUCCAGCCCGUGGCGGGGCAAAAAGGAGACAAGGAAGAGGCUGAGGGGGGCAAGUCGGAGGUUCUCAUCCCGCAUCCUCACGAUGAGGAGCUGGUUCUCCCUCUUCGUCCAAAGAAGUCUCCCUUGAAUGGCCUGUGCUGUCUGACCUUUGGCCUCGUGGUCUUCACAUCCAGCCUUGUCCUGGCAUCCAUCUAUCUCUACAGGUACUACUUCAUACCGCAGAUCUCCGAGGAGAACCUGUUCCACUGCCGCGUUAUGUACGAAGACUCCGUGUACGCCCCUCUGCGUGGGCGCCAGGAGCUGGAGGAGAACGUGGGGAUCUACCUGAAGGACAACUACGAGCAGAUCAGCGUCCCCGUGCCCCACUUCGGUGGCGGUGAUCCUGCUGACAUCAUCCAUGAUUUCCACAGAGGCCUGACAGCCUACCAUGACAUUGCGCUUGACAAGUGCUACGUCAUUGAGCUCAACACCACCAUCGUCAUGCCGCCACGCAACCUCUGGGAGCUGCUGAUAAACGUCAAGAAGGGGACGUACCUUCCUCAGACCUACAUCAUCAAGGAGGAGAUGGUUGUGAUGGGCCGAGUGCACAACGUCCGCCAGCUGGGGACUUUCAUCCGCAGGCUGUGCAACGGCAAGGACACCUACUGGCUGAAACGCAGGACCUCCCGAAAACGUAUCAAUAAACGCAGAGCAUCCAACUGCCAUCGCAUCCGCCACUUUGAGAACACGUUCGUGGUGGAAACUGCCAUCUGUGACACGGUCUAACGCAAAGGUGUCGCACGUGUGAGGCCACCCCUACCAGUCACUGUAGCGCCCUCCUGCAGUUUUUCUUUUUUUUUUCCUCUUUUUUCCCCCUCCCCAUUGACGUUGGAAUCUCCCUUUUUCAAGGUUUUUGAAGUGUUUAAUUGUGUCUUUAGGGAUUUAAUUUUUUUUCCUUUUUUUGUAGCACUAAACAUUAGGAGCUGUACUAAAAUCAGUUCUAUUAUUAUUAUUAUUAUUAUUAUUCUAUAAUUUUUUUUUCUGCUGUUAAAAAGGGUUUUUCUUCUCCCCUCCUUAUUUUGGUGUUUCGUAGGAGGAAACAAAGGUUGUUCCUGACAUUGUUUUCCAUGUGUUGGUGACGUAAUGCAUAUUUAAUGUAGCAAUUAAAAUCUCUAGUGCGGACCUAAGUGCAGCCAACAAUGUGCAUAGUUUCAAUGGAACCCUUCCUCUCUACCAAACAGCCGUUGAGCUGACUGUGCAAACUUAUUUAUUCCUGAUCUCCGGGCAUCUUCUCAGCACGAUUUGCCAGUUCUCCUUUCGCGUGGAUCAGACGAUGUGACUUUGGAAGGUGUGGGUCCAUCUGACAGGACUACUGUGUCUUAACGGCGGUCAGACUCUGCGUCUGACGGCAGUAGCAUCUCGCAGCAAUCGGUCGAUCGAUCAAUCGGACACCUGUCAAAUGCGCUUCCUCGGUUUACACACGGAUCAUAAAUCUCUCAUAGGCCAGUGGUCCAGUAGUCGCUAUGUAAAUCUAUUAAAUGGUUUUUUUUAGGUGUAGCAACAAAAUCUUGAAUGGUCUGAUUUGUUGUUCUUAAGCAUGUAGCAGUAAACUGACUUGGCAAGUCGUGUCCCAGGCCUGGUUGUGCCGGUUCGAGGAGGCCGUGGGGGGCGUCCACCUGGAGGCGAGUGCCUCCUCUGACUUGCUCCAUCUUGACAAUCUACUGUUGUGCUUUUUAUUUUUUUUUUUUUUUAAUUUAAAUUUUCCUCUCUUGCCCUGCAUGUUUUGUUUUACUACUAACUGCACUAUAUGAAUAUUUCUUGACGACAGAAGAAAGAGCCUUAGUUCUGGAAAGGAACUAAAGUUACUGCUGUUGUAAGGGAACUUAAGUGUCAACCGGUACCUUCAACUGACCUGUAUAUUUUGUCUGCUAGUAAAGCCUACCUACAA